UUCGACUGAUCAUGUCUUGCAGCAUGUACUUCCUCGCCGCCCUUCUGCUGCUGUCCGUCCUGGGCUCGGAGGCGGCCGAGAGUCCUUACUCCGCGCCCAUCCCCAUCCUGAAGGACGACCGGACGCAGGACGCCUACGGAGGCUACACCUUCGACUUCGAGUCCGGCAACGGCAUCGUCCGCCAGGAGUCCGGGAAGGAGAGCGACGGACAGGCGAAGGAGGGAGGCUGGAGGUACGAGUCCCCCGAGGGCGUCCCCGUCGAAAUCUCCUUCGUGGCCGACCAGGGGGGGUACCAGCCCCAGGGGGCGGUCAUCCCUGUGCCUCCCCCCCUCCCCUACCAGAGGUCCGGGAACUAGGAUCAUUUUCCAGGAGUGAAAGUGAAGAAACUUUAUCCGGAAAUUGAGACUUUUCUUUUAAAGCGAAAGUGAGAAAAGAAAUUCUUAUUCUGCCUCUUCUUCUUCUGUUCUUGCUACUACCUUUCUUAUUCUUACUUCCCUUCUUAUUGUU